AUGAAAUACGGACAAGAGCUGCAGCAAAACAUAUUCACUCCUUGGAAACUAUCCUAUGUCGCUUAUGAUGGCCUCAAGCACGAAUUAAAGAACCGUCAACUCGACCACGGCUGGACUGCAAAGGACGAGGAAGAAUUCAUUGAAAUGCUAGAUAACGAACUAUCCAAAGUAUACGAUUUUGUCAAUGCAAAGCUCUCAGAGAUAGACGCGCGUAUCCUUUACUGUGAACGAACGAUACAGACACUACAAAAAAAUCCUGCAAUGGCCUCUGAUGCUAAUUAUAGCAUAAUGGACGAAGCACUUACCGAAAUUUUAUUUGAUGUAAAUGAUCUCUCUCGCUUCACCCGUCUCAACUUUGUCGCCUUUCAAAAGAUUUUAAAAAAGCAUGACAAAUGGACAGGACUUCAAUUAAAGCAGGCCUUUGUAGAAAAGCUGAGAGAAAAGCCUUUGGACAAACAACGGUUUGAUGUUGCCAUUAUUUAUAUAUCAGCACUACACGACAUUUGUCGCAAUCGUGGAAAGAAAUCCAUAGAUGAUACUGCAUUUGAAGAUCAAAAUGAGUUUGAAAGAGCAACGGCAAAGUACUGGAUCCAUCCUGAUAAUAUAACAGAAGUAAAGGCAAUCAUCAUGCUACAUUUACCAGUUUACAUCUACAAUAAGCAAAAAAAGUGGGAGCCAGUAGAUUCGGCUAUCUCUAGUGUUUAUUUUGAUAAUCCAAAUUUUGACCUCUAUACCACUCGUUUACAAAGAGAUGAAGGAUCAGAAGCUAUUCGAUUUCGAUGGUACGGUACAAAUGAUAAAUCAAAUAUUUACAUUGAACGAAAGACACAUCAUGCUUCAUGGCUGGAUGGAGCCUCAGUCAAGGAUCGCUUUAGGUUGAAAGAAGGCCAAGUGAACUCAUUUGUUCAGGGCACUUUAACAGCAAACGAAAUUGCUCAUGGCUUUAGUCAAACCAACACAGACAAAAGUGCUGUUGAUCACGUUCAUUUUGUGGCCAGUGGUAUACAACGAUCGUUUAGGGAACGGCAACUUGAACCCAUGCUUCGAGUGUAUUAUAACCGUACAGCAUUCCAAUUACCAGAUGACCAACGAUUGCGAAUUUCUCUGGACACAAACCUUUCUUUUAUCCGUGAAGACCAUCUUGAUGGCGUUCAACGUAGACAACCUAGUUAUCAUUGGCGUCGUAAUGACGUAGGUAUUGAUUACCCAUUUCACAAUAUAAAACAAGACGAUUGUCUUCUUUUCCCGUAUGCUAUCCUCGAAACGAAGCUUCAGACGCAUCUGGGCCAGCAACCGCCUGCAUGGCUUACAUCUCUUGUUGAAAGUCACCUAGUACAUGAAGUACCUCGGUUUUCCAAAUACCUGCAUGGUGCAUGUCACUUUUAUCGCGAUCGAUUGGCUCUGCUUCCCUGGUGGCUAUCUGAAUUAAACGUAGACAUUCGUAAACCUAGAGCCGAAAAUAUAGGACUGACCCGG